AUGAGUUCUACGAGGUCUCUUAUUCCUCCUAAGUUAUCUGUUUCUGGAAUAACAGGCAGUUCCGCUGCCUUUGCCCAACUUGGUGACCUUUACAAAAAAUUACCCAAGGGACCCUUGGUUGAAAGUAUACCUCCUACGAUGCCUAGAUUACUCGGAAGAUAUUGGCAUAGAUACAUUCGAACUAGUUCACCUGUUCCUAUUUUGCAUCUUAUUGUGGGUCUUGGCCUUCUUGGUUACGCGCUUGAUUAUGAACUCCAUUUAAGUAUAACAUCACAAGAAUAG